AUGAUCACUAAAUACUUUACUAAGGUGCUCGUUAGAUUUAAUCCAUUUGGUGCUGAGGCCAAGACGGCCAGGUUAAUGCUUGCCGCUAUCCCCCCACAUCAAAGGACACUAGGAACCAAGAUUCAAAGUGAAAUACUAAACAAUAGCAUUACAAAGAAGCCUCUAGUAAAAAUUACGUUUAAGGAUAAGACUGAUAUGGAAUUUGACCCUUCCAACACCUCUUUUGAAGAGGCAUCCAACUUGCUAGAUCGUCAUUCGAGGAAGCUGAGAAUCAAAGAGACGAUUGAAAAUCAAUGA